UCCUCAUCUUAGAUUCCUCACUUCUAUAAUUUUUUCUUCUGAAUAAAAAUAAAAAUAAAAAUCAUUAAACCGCCAGCAAAAAUGUCCUGAUUUUCCUCUGAACAGCAGGAGGGAAUUGUUUUGGUUUUUGAUGGGAACAUAGCCCAUUUAUGUAUGGAUUCAUACAAUGCGAGGCCUGUGAAGCACAAUAUCCUGCUCUUUGAGGAUAAAUUCAAUUUAGAUUCCAGUGCGCAGUCCACUGAAUUGUCAGAAAGAGUAAAGAAGGAUGUUCAAUAUAUUAGCGGGCAAGGACAAGCAGAAGGAGAAAGGUACAAUGCCCAAGCUCGUACUAAUCACAGGGGUAAGCAAAGGGCUGGGGAGAGUUCUUGCAAUGGAAUUGGCGUCAAGAGGGCACACACUCGUUGGCUGUGCUAGAAAUGAACAAAAAUUGAGCACUCUUCGCUCACAAAUCUCUGCUCAAUACCCUUCUUCAACCCACCUUUUUCACCCAGUAGACGUGUCUUCAGACAGCAGUGUGAGAGAAUUCGCAAAGCUUGUGAUAGAAAUAAAGGGUGUUCCUGAUAUCAUUGUGAAUAAUGCAGGCAUCAUCAACAAAAAUGGUAAGCUAUGGGAGAUCCCUGCAGAAGAAUUUGACUCAGUCAUAGACAUAAAUUUGAAGGGCACAGCAAACAUGCUUCGUCAUUUUCUGCCUCAUAUGAUAGCGAAGAAAAGAGGGAUAGUGGUGAAUUUGUCAUCAGGAUGGGGUCGAUCUGCUGCUGGAGAGGUUUCUCCUUACUGUGCAUCAAAAUGGGCAAUUGAGGGUUUAACAAAGUCAGUUGCAAAAGAAAUACCUCAAGGAAUGGCCGUUAUUGCAUUGAGUCCAGGAGUGAUCAACACUGACUUGCUGGCAUCUUGUUUUGGUGCAUCUGCUGCCUUGUACCAGAGUCCCGAAGCUUGGGCUCCCCAUGCUGCCACAACGAUUCUUGGCCUGACAGCAGCAGACAAUGGUGCAUCAUUGAAUGUUUGAUCAUAAACAGAGAAUUUUCUAGCAUGAUUUGGAGGUUAAAACACAAUCUGUGAAUCCCAAAUUGAAAAGUUGCCAACAGAAAUCUUUGGGGUUGCUAUUCCAAUGUUCCCUCGCUACCAAAUUAUUUCAUCUAAUGCUGCUCAAAGCUUGUCUGGAUGGGAAUGGAACUUGCUGAACUUGAACCAUGGAGUGAUGGCUUAUCCCUUUUCCAUUGUUACAAGUGAGAAAAGGAAUUUACUUUCGUGAUGAGUUUCUAUAUGCUUACUUGGAGAUCUUUUUUGUCAUGUUCUGAUGAAAUCUAAUAAAGCUUCACAUUUUUAUGGAGUUGAUUCACAUGUAUCAGGUUUUGAUAAUGUAGAAGGUUAUGCAAAAACAAUAACCGCCAUCUCCAAGCUAUUAUUAUGUCUCUUAUGUCCUAAGAGAGUAUUAACUAGUGUUGAUUUUAAUGAGGCACACUUUAUUCUGGUUAUUGGUAAAGAAAAUAGGAUUUGUUGGGAUUCCACCCAUGAAAGAACUCCAAAGAGAUCGUGAAAGAUGCAAAGUGAUACAUCAACCACCUCUCAAUAAAUGAAUGAUGUAAGGGUAGGUCAACCCAUUAAGUCUAUAUUCCCACUAAAUAAUAAAUGUAAGUUACACUUGCAGGCCCA